CCCUUCUAUCUCUCUCAAUGGAAAAACCCUACUAAAACCCUAACUGAAUCAGACCAUCAUCCAUCCAUAAUAAUAUGAAUCUCGCAUUCCUCCAUCUCCGGCGACACCUCCGUCGUCCCCACUGUCACCAGCACUACCGAACCUUCAUCGUUCUCGACGACAUCAAAUGGGUAAGUGACCGUGCUCUUGACCACGCCGUUGAAAGAGAAAGGAACCUAAACCCUCUUCUCAUCCUCAAGAACCUCAUAAAGUCAGAGCCAACCAAGACUCUUCCUCUCUCCAUCAUCACUGAGAAACGUCAAUCCCUUGGCAUUCUCCUCCGUCCUAUCGAAUUAAUACGAACUUACCCAUCUGUUUUCGAAGAGUUUCUACCGGGCGGUAUCCAGAUCAAUCCGCAUGUCAAACUCACGCCGGAAGUUCUUCACAUCGACUCCGAAGAGCAAUUGGUUUACCAGAGUGACACUUAUAAGAAGAAAGUUGCUGACCGAUUACUGAAAUUGUUAAUGCUAGGCAGAACCCACAAACUCCCGCUUCAUAUUAUUGAUCGAUUGAGUUGGGAUUUAGGUUUACCCCAAGAUUACAUAAAAUCCAUUGUUCCAGAAUUUCCAGAUUAUUUCCAGGUUACCCAUCAGAAAAAUGGCGAUUCUUCAUUGGAAUUGGUCUGCUGGAGCGACGAGUUAGCAGUUUCAUCAAUGGAGAAGAUGGCGAUGUCAAAGGACCGAUGUUACCAGAAGGGAAAUGCAAUAGCUUUUCCUGUUCAAUACAGUCGAGGGUUUGAGAUUGACAAGAAGUUCAACCAAUGGGUGGAGGAAUGGCAGAAACUUCCAUUCAUUUCACCAUACGAGAAUGCAUCACACCUCCCUGGUAAGAGCGAUGAAUCUAAUAAAUGGGCGGUUGCAAUCAUACAUGAGCUUCUCAAUCUGUUUGUCUCAAAGAAGACACGAAGAGACAACAUACUUAGUUUGGGAGAUUAUAUGGGAAUUCGAUCCAAGUUCAAAAGUGCAUUGCUUCAACACCCAGGUAUAUUUUACCGUUCAAACAAGAUUGGACGUCAUACUGUUGUACUUAAAGAAGGUUACAAGAGGGGCUUGCUCAUUGAAAACGAUACGUUGAUGGAUAUAAGAUACAAGUAUAUUCAUUUGAUGAAAACAAAGACUAAGAAGUCGAAAGCAAAUAAAAGAGAGAAAAGUAAAGAUUCUUCUUCAGCAUUGGCAAUUGAGUCAAAAGAAGAUGAAGAUGAUGAUGAUGAUGAUAUUAGUGAGGAUUUUGAUUGUGAAUCUGAGACAGAGAAUGAUGACUCCGAAGAUGAAAAGGAAGGUUCAGUUGUUGUUGAGAAAGGAAAAGGAAAGAGAAAUGGAAUGUAUGAGAACAGGAUGACAGCAUCAAAUCCAAGAGAUCGAAAUAGCAAAGAAAGGAACAACAGUAGAGGAGGAGGAGAACGACGUGAGAAUCAUUUGAAGUCUGCAGCAAGAUCAAAGCCUUCAGGAAAUCAAAAUAGUAGAUCAUCAUCGAAGAAGUUGGAUUCAAGAACACCUUAGAAGACUUUAUAAUAUAUUAUGCAGCAGCAAUAAGAAGGUUAGCUUUCUUAUGCUUAUAUAAAAUAUUCCCUUGCUUAUUGUUAAAUUGAUGAUGAUGAUCUCAAUUGGCUAGCAUCUUAUGAAGAAACAUGUUUCAUGAUUGACGAGAGACUGACUGCAAUUUCAUAUUGGUAGUAAAAGAACGAGAAAAUGGAUAAAAUAUGUCCCUUGUAUUUUGGUGUUUCAGUAUUAAUACAUGUUCUUUAUGGUCAACUCAUUUUGAUUUA